CCAUCUGCGCGAGCUUCUGCCCCAGGAUCAUCAUCGGAUUGAGAUGGCCGACGCGGACGAGCGGGCAGAGGACGACGUGCGCGGACUUGCGGCGGCAGUUUGCCCAAUCCACGCGACCCGGAAUUCCUCCUCCCCCGCCGCCAUUGCUGCUGCUGCUGCUGGUGUUAGUCGCCGCCGCGGGCUCGGAUCCCGCUACCAUGGUGUGCGCCAUACCUACAGCGGCGGCCAUCACUGGCGCAUCCAGAUCGGAGGCACCGCGCGUGGGAAUGGAAGAUUUUCACCUGGCGGAGGAGAGAAUGAGAUUCGAGAAGCGAGAUUACGGAGGUGGGAGAUCGGGGAGCUCACCAGAUCCGGCGCCGCGACGAUCCCCGCUGGGCAGGGCGAGGGUUUAGAACUCUUGGAACCAAGAAAUGGGGCUAAAAUCCCUAGAAAUUAUCGCAUAUUGGAGAGGCCGACCACGACGAAACGGAACUGUGGAUGGAUGGAAUGGACUUUACACCCCAGUGCGUACGGACUCACGGCCAAAUUGGAAUCCGGCUCUCAAGUCCGUGGAGUGGACUCCAAAAUAUUUUCUAGGGUUCUUCCCUAUUUCUUUCUCUCGAAUCGAAUGCAGCUGCCCCGAUGCGGUGCUUCUUCCGCCGCGGUCACGAUCGUUGCGUCUCAGAUCACAUUCCUCGUCCUGUUCUACUCCAAUCCAUCGGGGUUUUCUUUGAAGCGGGCAGCUGUCGACGACGAUCGGAGCUGGAGCGGCGGCAUUGGCGUCCACAUUGCGAAUCUCUCUCGCGAUUUCAACUACGGCCUGGUGAGGAGCUAUCCAGGGAGUGCUGUGAGCCAGAUCGAUGCUUUCCCGGCGUACCCUGACGAUCCUCUCGUCAGACAGUACAGCGCGGAGUAUUGGAUUCUGGGAGAUUUGGAAGCGGGAAGCGAUGCGUCGUUCGCCCGCAGGGUUUUGGAUCCAGACCAGGCGGAUGUGGUGUUCGUGCCGUUCUUCGCAGCGCUCAGCGCGGAGGCACAGCUCAGGAAUGGGAAGGGGCAUUUCAGGCACCGCAAGGACAAUGAGGAUUACGAGAGGCAGAAGGCGGUCAUGGAGAUUGUGACGAGCUCCUCGCGGUGGCAACGCUCGGGUGGAAGAGAUCACGUCUUCGUUCUCACAGAUCCGAUGGCCAUGUACCACUUCCGGGCCGAGAUAGCCAACUCCAUCCUUCUCGUUGUGGAUUUUGGUGGCUGGUACAUGGAAGAUGCAAAGAGCUCUAGAAAUUUGAGCAGUCCCCAGCCCAUCUAUCACACUCAGGUUUCGUUGAUCAAAGAUGUCAUCGUUCCAUAUACUCACCUUCUUCCAACGCUAGCACUCUCGCAAGACAAUGCUGUUCGCACCACGCUUCUCUACUUCAAGGGCGCAAGAUAUCGUCACAGAACUGGACUUGUUCGGGACCAGCUAUGGAGUGUUCUCGAUGGCGAGCCCGGAGUGUUGCUAGAGGAAGGCUUUCCCAACAGAACAGGCCAGGUCCAAGCAGUCCAAGGCAUGAGAAACUCUCACUUUUGCCUCCACCCUGCCGGCGACACGCCCAGCUCCUGCCGUCUGUUCGAUGCAGUGGCAAGCCUGUGCAUACCCGUGAUCGUCAGCGACAGCAUCGAGCUACCGUUCGAAGGCAUGCUCGACUACACGCAAUUCGCCAUCUUUGUGUCAGUUCACGACGCUUUGCUGCCGAAGUGGCUCGUCCGGCACCUGAGCAGCUUGAGCAGCAAGGUCAGGAAUCAGAUGCGUCACAACCUGGCUAGUGUACAGCACCAUUUCGAGUACGAGAAUGGUUUUCCCGGCGGCAGAGGUGCUGCUAUCAAGGAUGGAGCCGUCAACAUGAUCUGGAGGAAAGUCCGCUCCAAGCUUCCGGGUGUUCGAGAGGCGAUUGCUAGGGACAGGAGAAGACCCUCCAACGCUCAAUUGCCACCCGCUCGGUGCCAGUGCAUUUAGAGAAGCUGCUGGAGGAGCUCGUCAUUUACCAAGGAGCAGAACUUGGCACUGAAUAAGCUACUGCUCGACAACGUCUCGAACUGGCCUGCUCGAUCCAGGA